UGUAAUUACAUGUAGUCUCGUUGGAUCUUCACUUCAACCCGGCCAUUACUUAAUUGAUUACGGAUAUUUGUCUCCCUCCCACUUCGCAAUCACACCCUGCCGUUGAGUUACACCUUCACAAGCCGCCACCAGUCUGGAUCCGUCAUCCCUCUCAGUACGGCCAAUGCCCGUUCGUGUCCGGUCCCGGGCUGCGGCCCCGGCCCGUGAUCCCAGUCCGAUGACCUUAAACCCCGACGCCUACGACUUGCCCAUGAUUGCCUCCGAGGACUCCUUUCGCGAGGUGGUCAAGAAGAUUUCCAUCUAUCUCACCGACGUAAUCCAGCUGCCCAGUACCUUUGAACAGCUGAGGACCACCUCGGCUGGUGACAGCUUACGGGUUCUAGUGGACCACCUCAACUCGACCUGCACCAACCCCGCCAUUGUAAACGCACUGCUCGCACUCAAAUGGCACUACGCUGCGGAUCAUGACGAGUACAGCCAAGGCCUGGCCGAGACCCGCUCCAAUGCCUGCGAGAUCGUCGCCUGGAGGUUCCUCACCCGCCUCUCCGAGCGGGAAGCCGUCGACUACUGCCUCUACGAGAUCCCCAACCCCAAGGAGGCCGAAGACGAGCCCAGCGCCGGCGACGAGGAAUCCACCGAGCGGUCACCCCUCCUGCCGUCGUCGCCCGGCUGGUCCGGCUCCCGACGGUCCAUGUCCGGACCGCCACCUCCCGGCAGCAGCAUGAAGCGAUACCAGCUCCUGUCCUCCCUGUCCAGGCUUACCAUGAGCCUCCACGUGGACGCCGACGACGACGAGGACGACGUCGACCCCACGGCGCCCUUCAUCUCCCUCAACGCCCUGGAGAUCGCCGCCGUCGCCGGCGCCAAGCGCUUCCUGGCCCAGCACAUCGUCCAGAAGAUCGUCACCGGCAUCUGGAACGGCGACAUCAUCUUCUGGGACACCCUCUCCGUCAAGGCCGAGAAGAAGCCGCGCUUCUACAACGCCCGCACCGCUGACCCCUUCUCUCGCCUGAGGGUGCCCCGCUACCUCAAGGCCUGGGAGGUCUUCUUCUUCUCCGUCUUCCUGUGCCUGUACUACGCCGUCCUGCUGGGCGAGAAGGACCCCACGAAGAUUUCCGGCACCGAAAUCGCCCUCUUUAUAUGGCUCGCUGCCUUCUGCUACGACGAGUUGAGUGAGUGGAUCGAUGCCGGUUCCAUCUUCUAUGCCGCCGACAUUUGGAACUUGUUCGACAUGAUCAUGAUGGGGAUUGGUGUUGCCUUUGCCGUUCUCCGCAUCGUCGGACUCGCGAGAAAUGACGCUACCAUCGGCGCCCUCGCUUUCGACGUCUUCUCCCUGGAAGCCCUCUUCAUGGUCCCACGCAUCUGCUCCAUCCUCAGCCUGUCGCCCUACUGGGGCACUCUGAUCCCCUGCCUCAAAGAGAUGGGCAAGGAUUUCAUCAAGUUCAUGGUCCUCGUCGUCAUCAUCUACCUCGGCUUCCUGACCACCUUCUCCCUCGUCGGCAGGGAGAACUACGCCCUCCCGCACAUGGCCAUGAACCUGACCAAGAUCUUCUUCGGCUCCAGCUCCGUCGGCUUCGAGAUCAUGCACGACAUCGACCCCAUCUUCGGCCCCCCGCUCAUGAUCAUCUUCGUCACCCUCUCCUCCAUCCUGCUCAUGGGUUCGCUCACCGGUAUGCUCUCCAACUCCUUCUCGCGCGUCAUCACCCACGCCCGCGAGGAGUACCUGUACAUCUACAGCAUCUACGUCCUCGAGGCGUCGACAAGCAACCGCCUCACCCAUUUUUACCCGCCCUUCAACCUCCUCGCCCUGGUCAUCUUCCGGCCCCUCCGCCUCUUCCUCCCCUCCGACGACAAGUUCCGCGCCGGCCGCAUCGUCCUCCUGCGCGCUACCCAUCUUCCCAUCGUCGGCAUCAUCGAACUCUACGAGCUGAUCCGCCGUCGCAUCCGCCCCGACGGAUCCUCCGUCUUCAAAGGUCCACGCCCGUCGCAUUCGCAUUCCCACCCCGCUAGACAGAGGCCCCGUCCAGCUGUGGAGCGGCCCCCGUCGUCCUACCCGGUCGGGCUCUCCCCAUCCAAACCUACUGCCGCAGGACGAGACGAUGACGUUAUGGAAGGUGCUAGGUCCUUGGCCACGCGGGUGGCCGAACUGGCGGACAAAGUUGACAACCUCACGGCUUUAGUCGAGAGGUUACAGCCGCCGACGACGGCAACAUCUUUCCAAGAAUAAAAUCACGGACAUCAAGGACUCGUAGCCUAGUGCGGUCCGUGACGGCAUAUUUUGUCGGUACCUACAUAGGCAGCUUAUCGUUCCGCAUCUGGGCAUUUGAGUACGCGAGGCGCAGUCAGAUAUCCCCUUAGCCAUGGUUUCCCCCUUUUCUACCUUAUAUCUUCUAUAUAUUACCAGGUAUAUACGAAUCUCCGUAUUUCGUAUUGUCUGGUUCGGCGGUUUAUAAGGUAGGUAAUAAUGAGCUGACUGAUUACCUAAUUGAAUGCUCACUCCGCACGUUGAACGCUCAACCGUGACGUUUGCCAAG